CAGACUGAAACAGGGAGUCGAGCGCCAAGGACGAGCCGAGCAGGAAAUCGAGAUCCGAGUUGGGCGAGUGGGAGGAACAGGGAGCUGGGCGACCGAGCGCCAAUGGGGAUGGGGCAUGCGCGUCCCUGCGACCAGAGGGAGUGCCGCGGCUACAGGGGCGCGGUUUGGCCAGGGAGGAGCAGCCGACGCUGGAGCUGGAAGAGGCUUCAGCCAUGGGGAAAACAAGGGGCCGGGGAGGAACUCGGCUGGGAGGAGCUCGACGCAAUGGAGCACGGAGGAAGGAGAGGGGUGCGCGCCAUGGAUGCGCAGGAGCGAGCUCCGGCAGCGCGCGUGGGGCUGGAACACCGGGCUGGCAACCGGCGCGCAGAGAGAGGCGACCGAGGAAGAUGGAGAAGCUCGGCCGAGCGCCAUCGGGGCGAGCCGAGGGAGAAAGGAAGCCGCGGCAGAGAGCUCGCCGCUCACGCGGCCGUGGCGAGCAGAGCACGGCGGGCCAGGGCGAGCAGAGAGAGCAGAGGAGAUCCGGCUGACGGCGUCGUUGGGCGAGCAGAGCGCGCCGCGCAGAGAAGACUCCACUGGAGAACGAGCAGGGAGAACAAAGGAUCUGGGCGAGAAAUUUCACGCGCGGGCGCCAGGGAAUAUGAUAGGGCCGAGCAGGACGCCGAGAGGAGGGAGAUGAAGGAGGAUCGAGCUCAUCGGCUGGGGAUAGAGGUGCGGCUGGGAAGAUAAGACUGCUGUGAUUUUUUUGCAGGUGACCGACGAAGCUUACGCGGCCACGGCAAGAACGAACUGGAGGCUGAAUGCCGCAGGGAGAUAAGAACGGAAGCUGUUAAGCGGUAAGAAAAUCAAAGGAAGAGACAAACGUGCGGGAGUUGCUCAGUGCCUUGAGAAAAAUCCCGGCAACGGAUGAAGAUAGGAGUGGCUGAAAGGAUAUUUUCCUAGAUGUUUUUUUAUUUUUCUUUUCUUCUCUCUUUUUUUAAAGAGAAUUGCAAAUAUUUUGGAUCAUGAUUUUUAGCGAUGUACACUGGGUCGACACGCUAUACGGCUACACAUUUCUUUCUAUGAAUCAGCGAACUAAAUUAAUCACUAAUUACUCGCUUUCAGUUCU